UGCAUUGUCUUUGUUCCUCCACUCAGAAUCUCUCCCCGUCUCUCUCUAUCCUUUCCUCUACUUCCAUUACAGUAUUACACGGGUCUGGAUGAUUGCAGAGACAGCAACAUGGCUGUGAAUCUCAGCAAGAACAGACUGGCCCUUCUAACAGCCUACCAGGAUGUUAUCAACGAGACAUCGUCCACCGACUGGGCCUUGUACACAUAUGAGGACAACAGCAAUGAUUUGACACUGGCAUCAUCAGGAGCUGGAGGUCUACCGGAGAUCACAGUGACCUUCGACAAUGCCAGGGUCAUGUACGGCUUCUGCAGCCUGAAGGAGCCCACGGCCGCACUGCCACGCUACGUCCUCAUCAACUGGGUUGGUGAGGAUGUGCCUGAUGCCAGGAAGUGUCAGUGUGCCAGCCAUGUGGCUAACAUUGCAGAGUUUUUCCAGGGAGUCAACAUCAUCGUCAAUGCCAGCACCAUGGACGACAUCGAACCAUCCGCCAUUGGACAGAGACUGACCAAUGGGACGGCUUCGGUGGCCAGCCCCGUCCUCAGCCGUCUGAGAACCAGAGAGGAGGAGAACGGAGAGCUUGGAGUGGGCACCGUGUACACCAAGACCAACGCAGAGAUCGAGAUGAAGAAGAUCAAUAGAGAGGAAUUCUGGGAACAGGCCAAGCGUGAAGAAGAGUUGAGAAAGGAGGAGGAGCGGAAGAAGGUUGCAGAGGAGAGGCAGCGCUUUGAGGAGGAGAGAAUGGAGCUGGAAAGGAAGGAGCAAGAGGAUAGAGAGAAGAGGUACCGCGAAAGGGAGAGGCAAAUUGAGGAACACAGAAAGAAGAUGCAAGAAGAAGAGGAGGCCAAAGAGAGGACACGGAACCAGCCCCUCAUAACAGCAGAACCUAGCUAUGAGGAUCUGGGGAAAGAGAACAAGGAGACGGAAGUGGAGGAGGCAAAAGCACUGAUUGCCCAGCGGGCGGACAACCCCAGGGAGUUCUUUAAGCAGAAAGAGAAGGCUGUGACCACUGGUGUGGACGUCUCUCCCGUCUCUAUCCACAGGGCCGGCCGUUUGGACAGCCCGUUACCAGGCCGUUUGGACAGCCCAUUCUUGAAGCAGCAGCACAGUCCCAGCGAGCCCAGUCCGCCCCCCCUCUGCACCCCGCCACAUGCGAGGCUGCAGCCCACUGCACCUGAUGGUGAUGAUGAAGGGAGCUCAGACCACAGCAUGGGGACGUCCCCAACGCCUAUCCCUAAAAUAGUCACCACACCCAUCCAGGAGGCAGAGGACGACAGCCGGAACGAGUGGGGUGAGCCGAAGCAGCAGCCAGGCCCAGUCCAGGAGUCCACUCCCACCAAGCCCGUUCAGAGCGUGGCCCCCCAGACCCGCCCAGACUCCCAAGCCCCGUCCUCAACCUCGGACGACUACGACCCCUUCUCAGGUUUCAGGCCCCUUCCCGCACCCACUGCCGCAGACCCCCUGGUGGACCUAUGGGACAGCAGUCCUCCCACAGGCUCCGCCCCCUCUCAGGUCCUGCCUCCUGGAGGGCGAGUCCAGCCCCUGCUGAGCUUCGACGAGAUGGGGGACGUACCAUUCUACCCGGGGGGCCCCGGGGGUGCAGAGGACGAGCCCUCCAGCCUGGUGGAUGUGGCUGGGACCCACGAUAUGACCCUGAGCUACCAGCAUGCACUGCAGCAUGCUUCAGAUGACACUCAGCUGAUGACCAAUGGGGAAACGCUGCUCAAAGAAGGGACUCAGGCGAGCGAGGGUUACUUCAGCCAAUCGCAGGAGGAGGAGGACUGCUCUGCUAAAAUGAACCCGACGCCAGUGUUUUAUAACAAGCCACCAGAGAUUGACAUCACGUGCUGGGACACGGACCCUGUAAUGGAGGACAGCGACUAGACGAAGGCGGAGUAGAACAGUCCGGUGGAGGGAAGUAGAAACAACGCAUCAUCAAUGACGAAACUGUUUUUUUAAAAGUAAUAAUAACAAGUCUUGCAUAAAAAAAAAAUAUCUGUAUAAUGUUCUAGAAUAAAACAAAAAAAUGUUAGCCACUGAAAAGGUUGUCGAGUUAUUGUUAGAGAUGCUAAUUGGUUGAUGAUGAGCUCUUGUUUUUUUUUAAUGUAUUUCUUAUAUUUCUCCUUAUUUGCAAUGUAGAGUAAAUAGCAGAGAGUGAGAACUACUUUAUUGCGUACUUAUAUACACAGCUCAGUAGCUCACGUCUGUGUCUUCUACAGCAGAUAUGACCCCUGUACCAGACAGGUAGCCUAUUAAAAGUUAGAGCAAACCCUUUUGUGAGCAAUCACAAUUAUUCCUAGCACAGCCCCCUCCUCCUCUCUCCCCCAAACCUGGGCCCCACCUUCCACCCUCCCUAGUGCCAAGAGUUGCCCUGCUCUGGCCCUCUAAGUGGGCACGGUACCUGGGGGAAGGGCGAGGGGGAUCAGGGAGGAAAUGGUGCCAAGUGUAAUCCUGAAUUUGUCAAUUUGUCAGUUUGGCCAUGGGACCUUACUAUUAAUCCACUGUAGACAGGUAGAGGAGGAGCGGGGAACCAGACAAAGGCAUGGCGGACAUCAUAGUACAGGCUGGGAUAGCAGUACUAUUGUACUAUAUCAUAGUAAAACCCUCAAAUAUAUAUAUAUAUAUAUAUAUAUGUGCAAGUCACUUUGAAAAGGAAUAUCUAUCGUAGUUUCUUAUUGUUUAUACACACAUUUUCCCCUCGUCUGUUUUUCUGCUGGGAAAGUAUUAGUGCUAUCCCAGCAUAAAAUCAGACGAGAGGAAAAUGUGUAUAUUUUUUACCACCUAUUAAAAGUGUACUAGAAAUUAAUAUUCAGGAUCUUUGAAUCAUGGCCAUAGCUGUAGUCUCGUUUUGUUUCGUCUCCAGUGAAAACUAGGCAAUAACUAAUAUCUAGAGUACUCAGAUGGGAACGAGGACAUUCGUCACACGUUGUGGCACUAUGAACGGAACAGUGUGUCUUGUGCUGAGGUUGUUGGAGAGCUGCCACACUCGUCUCUGCUGUAUGACAUGAUACCCUUCUUUUCAGUAGACACAAAUUCACUAUUUGUUUUGCAUUCCAUCUGUUUAAAUUUCUUUGAAAAUGAUGUAGUUCACAUGCACACCCCCUUGAUGGCCUCAGAGGCACUAUUGUAAUUCUACCAUUGGGACUGUUGUUUCUGCACAGGUCUCAUUCCCUGCUUGACUUUCACCCAGUCAUCUCUUUUCCUGAUUUCACCCCUAAAUGAGAAACAGUACAGUAGACGAGCUUUGCACGUAGGCCUUAGAAAUGAUUUUGAUCAUCAAGACUCAUUAUCCCCUUUAUUAAUGUUCCAAUGUUUAGAACAGAUGAUUAUUGACACGCCCCCCCCUGCACACAAACACACACACACACGGCUUGUAGACUGUCUGUCUCAGUCUUCCUUCAUAUAUGAUCUACAGGUUGUUUAUUAUUGUUACUGUUCAAGGGUAGUUUCAUUUCUGAGAUUCCACAUCUCUGAUCUGAUUCUAAAUCAAUCCUGUCAUUCUUAUUCAUAGAGAUAGAACAGUUCUCUAUUGUUCUAUCUCUCUGUUCUUACCACAGAGUUCUGAGUGGGAACCAGCAAGCAAUAAGAAAGAAAAAAAACAAUGUUGUUUUUUUUGUCCUGUAAAUAGUGUUUGAUAUUUAGUAAUGUACAACUAAUGAUUGACUAACACUUUUGUUGGGGGGGGGGGGGGUCAUUGUGGCCCUUAUGAUUAUGACACUUUAAAUUGAGGCUUGUUGUGGGAUUGAGUGAGAUUUUUAAAUGAAGUUUCUUUGAAGAGAGAUUUGAAAUGUGAGUCGUGGUGGGAUUCCAUAUCCCUCGCAGCCUUUUCUGUAUAUGAGAAUCACCUCAUGCUUGGUAAGAGCCGACCAACCUGCAUCUUUAGCAGUAACUGACACCGUUUCCACAUAAUUUCAAUGUAUACUUCUUCACUCUGAUAACCUCCUGGUUAGUGAUUAUUAUUAUCUCCCUAUUGCACUACUAGGAGACUACUACUCUACUACUACCCCUAAUACUCGCCCCAAAGCAAGGCUUAGCUGUUCCUUGGCUUUACUGAUCUCUUUUUAUUUAAAAGAUAGAAAUAAAAAGAUUCUCUUCCCUCUUUUGCGUCCGCUUCUCACACUGUUUUUUUUUUAAAUAAGCGCAAGAUCUUUUGUGACAUGCUAGGUGCUGAUGUAUGUUAAUAAAAGACUUAAAAACCUCCAAA